AUGGAACGCCCUCUAUCUGUUAUAAUUUUCUUUUCUUUGUUAUUAGGUCUAACAAGAUGUGCAGGAAACCUAAAAACUUUUCCACCAGACUUUGAAUUUGGAGCAGCAACAUCAUCGUAUCAAAUAGAAGGAGCUUGGAAUGUUGAUGGUAAAGGAUGGUCAAUGUGGGAUCAUCUCGUGCGUACUACACCACAGCGUAUCGAGGACAUGACAAACGGCGACACAGCAGCGAAAUCUUACUACUUAUAUAAAAGAGAUGUUGAAAUGCUAAAAGAACUGGGGGUUAAGAACUACCGGUUCUCUAUAUCUUGGCCGAGGAUAUUACCUUAUGGCCGACCAGAUUAUGUGAACCCUUAUGGUGUUGCGUAUUACAACGCUCUGAUUGAUGAGUUACUAGCUAAUGGUAUAACUCCAUUUGUCACGAUGUACCACUGGGAACUGCCUCAGAAUCUGAACGAACAAGGAGGUUGGUUGAACGAUGAAGUGGUUAACUGGUUCGGUGAUUAUUCGAGAGUUUUGUUUCAAAAUUUCGGCGAUAGAGUGAAGCACUGGAUGACCAUAAAUGAGGCUCACGUUCAUUGCUUUUUGGGUUACGAGGUGGCAUUGCAUGCGCCUCAAAUAUCUUUACCGGGCGUAGCAUACUAUGAGUGUAGUAGGAAUAUACUUCUGGCUCAUGCAAGGGCUUACCGUAUAUAUGAAGCAGAAUUUAAAAGCAGCCAGGGAGGGGAAAUCGGUUUUGUCACUAGUAUGGAGUGGGGCGAAGCUGAAAGCAAUUCCACUACUGAUAGACAGGCUUUAGAAGAUUUCCUGUCUCUCAAUGUCGGUCAACAUAUGAACCCGAUAUUCUCAGACAGCGGUAACUUCCCUCAGAGAUUGAUCGAUCUUGUUAAUUCAGCGAGUAUCAAACAAGGUUUGAAUGAAUCACGGUUGCGUCCGUUCUCUGAGGAACAGAUCCAAUCGAUCAGAGGAUCGGCAGAUUUCUUAGGAUUGAAUCAUUAUACGAGUAGAAUUGUUUACAGAAAUGAAUCUCUGAAUGGUACUUUCCCUGUCCCUUCAAUCAACGAUGACAUAUUUUUCGGAGAGUAUCCACAUCCUUCCUGGUUUCAUCAUGGUGGAUAUGUUUAUGAAUACCCUCGUGGAUUCUACGACUUAUUAAUUUACUUGAAAGAAAACUACAAUAUUCCUAAGAUCUACAUCACAGAGAAUGGUUGUCCGUCUGUCAGAGGUCUCAAUGACACAGACAGAGUACGCUAUUACAGGGAAUAUCUGAGUGCCGCGAUUGAUGCCAUUGACCAAGGUGUCAAUGUCAGAGGUCACUUCGCUUGGAGUCUAAUGGAUAAUUUUGAAUGGACGUCAGGAUACACCAUAAGGUUCGGCAUCUACGAUGUUGACAUGGACGAUCCGGAAAGGAAAAGAACGCCGAAGAAGUCUGCUCUAGUGUACAAAGAAAUGGCAAGAAGUAGAGUUAUCGAUUACGAUUAUGAUGUCGACCCUUACGCGCCUUCUAGCGCUUCCGGUAUAAAUGUGUCGAUAUUUAUAACUUUACUACUGGCAACACUGAGAGUUUUAGUAUAAAUUUUAUUCAAUAGUUGGUUGUGUAUAAACUUGAUUAGUAUAGUAAGGUGUUAUCAUGGGUAACUAAACGAAAUGGGUCGCAAAACAACAAAAAUUGCGUCAUAAAACUCACAGUUCACAUGUGUGAAUCGGAUCAGCGAACAGGUUCGCUGCUCAGCUCAAUAUGUACCUGCAUAGAGUUAUGCGAGCGGCGAUUCAUUAGUCAAUAUGAGAUGUAACUCUGCUGGCUCAGAGCUGUUUACAUCUGUCUAGUAAAGUUCAUUCCAAUUUUAAACCUAAAUUUUACAAAACAUAUCUUCGCCGAACUA